AUGGCUAGCAUCAUCGCACGUGUGGGUAACAGCCGGAGGCAGAACGCACCCUUGCCGCCUUGGGCCCAUUCCAUGUUGAGGUCCCUGGGAAGGAGUCUCAGUCCUUUAAUGGUCAACAUGGCAGAGAGAAACAUGAAGUGGUUCUCAGGGAGGGUGGUGCCAGCCCAGGGGGAGGAAACCUUUGAAAACUGGCUGAUCCAAGUCAAUGGGGUCCUGCCAGAUUGGAAUAUGUCUGAGGAGGAGAAACUCAAGCGCUUGAUGAAAACCCUUAGGGGCCCUGCCCGAGAGGUUAUGCGUUUGCUUCAGGCGGCCAACCCCAACUUAAGUGUGGCAGAUUUCUUGAGGGCCAUGAAAUUGGUGUUCGGGGAGUCUGAAUGCAGUGUGACUGCCCAUGGUAAGUUCUUUAACACCCUGCAGGCGCAAGGCGAGAAAGCCUCCCUUUAUGUGAUCCGUUUAGAGGUGCAGCUCCAGAAUGCUAUCCAGGCAGGCAUGCUCGCUGAGAAGGAUGCAAACCAGACUCGCCUGCAACAACUCCUUUUAGGGGCUGAGCUGAAUAGGGACCUGCGCUUCAGGCUUAAGCAUCUUCUCAGGAUGUAUGCAAAUGAGCAGGAGCGCCUUCCCAAUUUCCUAGAGUUAAUCAGGAUGAUAAGGGAGGAAGAGGAUUGGGAUGACACUUUUAUUAAACGGAAGCGGGCCAAAAGGUCUGAGCCAAUAAUGGAGAGGGCAGCCAGCCCUGUAACAUUUCAGGGCACCCAGCCAAUAGCGAUCGGCAGUGCUGACUACAACUGUAACGUAAUAGAGAUAGAUGAUACCCUCGAUGACUCAGAUGAGGAUGUGAUCCUGGUGGAGUCUCAGGACCCUCCCCUGACACCCACGGGUGCCCUUCCCUUCACAGGGAGAGCCAGACCUCAGGAUCAAGUGCUGAUUAUUGAUUCCCCUAACAGUUCCAGGGCUCAGUCUCCUUCCACCAGUGGUGCUUUUGGGUAUAAGAAUGGUGGUCCUGGCGAUACGCGUAGAGCCAGGAAGCGAAAAUACUCAAUCUGCUGUUCAUAUUGCGGUGAGGAGGGCCACUCAAAAGAAACUUGUGACAAUGAGAGCAACAGGGCCCAGGUUUUUGAGAAUCUGAUCAUCACCCUGCAGGAGCUGACACAUACAGGGGAGAAGUCAAAAGAGGUUCCUGGAGAACACAGUGACCUCUCUGAGCCACAGUAAGGUGGUAGACCCAGCCCUAAGUGAACCCUUAACUAUAUUCAGAGUCUGCUGAUGGGAAAAACAGGGAUGGGGGGGUGGGGUUCUAACUGCAUGAAUUAUUCCACGAAGCAGUUUUCCUUUGAGAAGAAGAGUUCUUGCAUACCAGCAGUGGAGGGGGGUGGCCUGAUCUGUCCCUGCUCCCUCCUCUGCCCACCUAAGGGUCCAUUCUCUGUGUGUGUCUAUUUCUUUGGUGACUUUAUUCUUUUUAUGAAAGUAUCUUUUGUUAAAUCUUCAGAAAAUAAAGGAAAAUACAAAAACUAAAGUACAAAUUACCUGAACUCUCCACCCUUCUGUAACCAUUGUCAGCCCUUUGGUGACUGUCCUUCCAGAUAAUUCCCUAUACCUAUGUACCCAGAUAGAUAUCUAUGUAUAGAUAAAAGUGAUCAAAUAUAAGUGCUGUUCUAUACUGUGUAUUUUUUCACCAAAUAUAUCUUGUGGACUUCUAUGUCAAUGAAUAUAUAUAAGCAUCUAACUU